UAUCUAAUUCCUAAAAUAAUCAGCUUGCCUUUGUGUUUAUUUUAAGAAGCAUAUCUUUCAAUUGUUAUUCAUUUUACUGUCGAAUAGAAGUAUUUCAACAAAUAAAAUGUCACAUCAAUCUAUAGAAGAUGGAAAACUGAUGGCAGUUAUAGGCGAUGAGGAUACUUGUGUCGGAUUUUUGCUUGGCGGCAUUGGGGAAAUUAAUGAGCAGCGCCAAUCUAACUUUAUGGUUGUAGAGAAAGAUACAACUAAAGCCGAAAUUGACCAGUGCUUUAAGCGUUUUGUAGCACGCGAAGAUAUUGCAAUCAUAAUGAUCAAUCAGAUAUACGCAGACAUGAUACGCACAACUCUCGAUAAGCAUUUGCUGCCUGUGCCCACAGUGCUGGAAAUACCUUCAAAGCAGCAUGCAUACGACUCCAGCAAGGAUUCCAUUCUAAAGCGUGCUCAAGGCAUUUUGAAGCCAGCUGGGCGACGUCGUUAACUCAAUGGGUUCUCAGCAAUCUUUAACAUUACUUAUAUGCGUUUUAAAAUAAAAUUUGCAUAGCUUAUGUCGACAGCUUUGAAAUGCUUUUGACAUUGUUGCCAACUUGAUGGCACAAUUGAUUUGAAAAGUUUCGCAAAAUAGAAAAGAACAGAACAGAGCAACAAUACAAAAAAAUAGCAGGCACCACAAAUAUUCAUACAACUUUUCAAGUUUGCGUUUUAAGGAAAUUGCUGCAAAAAAGUAAAAGAAGGGUACAAAACAUAAGCCACGAAAACAAAAAUCUGUGGAAAAGUAGCGUUGCACGUUGAGCGUUGAACGUUGCACAGGCAACACAGCCGCAACAACAGCACCACCAAUAACAAAAGUAACAACAAAGUGAGCGAAAACGAUACAAAUAAGCGCUGAAAAUGCCAAUACAUGGCAAAAUGCAAGUCGAAAACAAAAGCACGAGCAGAAGAACGCAACAAGAUACAACAACAAAAAAGUUACAGAAAACUCUUGAAAAGAGAGCGCACAUUGAUACAAUUUACGCUGCAGGGCUUGAGACACUACCUUACAGAGUUUGAGGCAUGCGGCAUGCGGCAUAGAGCAUGAGGCAUUAGGCGUGUGGCGACGCCUUCCUUGAGCGCUUAGCGCAACAAAAGCAUGCGAAAACAAUAUUUGCGCAAAGUAUUUUACAGCAAACUUUUCGCGCCAAGAAGUUAACAAAAAGGCAUUCAAAAAGUUGGGACAAGUUCGCCUUUUAGAAUGCCUAGCUUCAGCAGUAGCAGUAGCUGUAGCUGCAGCUGUAACUGGAUCUGUGGGCGUGGCUCGUUGAUGGUGCCGCCCGAAAGUAGACAACGCCAUUACGCGUUCGAUGCGAGUCGAUGCCUGCAAGUAUGCAACGAUAAAUCGCACUGUAAAUAAUUGCACAUUCGCCCGCUGCUGAAGCUUCCCUAUUGAAAUUUAAUGAGCCAUGCAAUUUGAGAGCAUCGAAUUGGCUGGCUGUCAAAAACCAGCACAGCAGGUACAAAUUCUGACAACAAAAUGGCGUGCAACGUUUUUGGGGAGAGCCUAAUUAACCGCGGGCCUGACACAGUCGUUGCGCCGAAUUUUAAAGCGGUGCACGAUGCGUAUACGUAAUCGCAUUUCGUUUGAUCUGCCAAAUGCAUUCGACAACUCAACUGUAAACGCCACACCAAUGCCACAGCGAACCUAACCAACAUGUGAACAGAUACAAAGUGUGUUCCAUAAGGGAUCGACAGCUACAAGGUAAGGCUUCAACCUACGAGUACUCGUAAGUACGAUGCAGUUACGAAUUAUCCUCGAUUUUUAAUUGGGUAUAGUUCAUUAGUGUAAUAUGAUUUUCUUAUAUUGAAGUUCGUUUCUAUUGUAUCUUGUAAACCAAUAACGU